CAUUUCUACUGUGAUACCUGUUCUGUCCCCAUAUGUCGUGAAUGUACCAUGGGACGACAUGUGGGUCACAGCUUUAUCUACCUCCAAGAUGCCCUACAGGAUUCCAGGACUCUCACCAUUCAACUCCUGGCAGAUGCUCAGCAAGGACGACAGGCUAUUCAACUGAGUAUUGAACAGGCCCAGGCUGUGGCAGAGCAGGUUGAGAUGAAAGCGAAGGUGGUACAGUCUGAAGUCAAAGUCGUGACUACUAGACAUAAGAAGGCCUUGGAAGAGCGGGAGUGUGAGCUGCUCUGGAAGGUGGAAAAGAUUCGUCAAGUCAAGGCUAAGUCACUCUACUUGCAAGUUGAAAAGUUACGUCAGAACCUAAACAAGCUGGAUAACACCAUUAGUGCUGUUCAGCAGGUCCUGGAGGAGGGUCGUACCAUGGAUAUUCUUCUGGCUCGGGACCGCAUGCUGGCUCAGGUGCAGGAGCUGAAGAAUGUGAGAGGCCUUCUCCAGCCACAGGAAGACGACAGGAUCAUGUUCACUCCCCCUGACCAGGCAUUGUAUAUGGCCAUUAAAUCAAUGGGCUUUGUCAGCAGUGGGGCUUUUGCUCCUCUGACCAAAGCCACUGGGGAAGGUCUCAAGCGUGCGCUGCAGGGCAAAGUGACCUCUUUCACCGUGAUCGGCUACGACCACGAUGGUGAGCCUCGCCUUUCAGGAGGCGACAUGAUCUCUGCAGUGGUGAUGGGCCCAGAUGGAAACCUUUUCGGGGCAGAUGUCAGCGAUCAGCAAAAUGGGACCUACCUGGUCAGCUACCGUCCACAGCUCGAGGGAGAGCACCUGGUGUCCGUGAUGAUGUGCAACCAACACAUUGAGAACAGCCCCUUCAAAGUGGUGGUGAAGUCUGGGCGCAGCUACAUAGGCAUUGGGCUGCCAGGGCUCUCCUUUGGCAGCGAGGGAGACAGCGACGGCAAGCUUUGCCGCCCCUGGGGGGUUAGCGUCGACAAAGAAGGCUACAUCAUUGUUGCCGACCGCAGUAAUAACCGCAUCCAGGUGUUCAAGCCAUGUGGGACCUUCCAUCACAAGUUUGGCACGCUGGGCUGCCGGCCAGGACAGUUCGAUCGCCCUGCCGGCGUAGCCUGUGACAUUUCGCGUAGGAUCGUUGUGGCUGACAAGGACAAUCAUCGCAUCCAGAUCUUCACAUUUGAGGGGCAGUUCAUUCUGAAGUUUGGGGAGAAAGGAACGAAGAACGGGCAAUUCAAUUACCCAUGGGACGUGGCCGUCAACGCAGAGGGCAAGAUUCUGGUCUCUGACACGAGGAACCAUCGCGUUCAGCUGUUUGGGCCCGACGGCGUGUUCCUUAACAAGUAUGGCUUCGAAGGGGCACUCUGGAAGCACUUUGAUUCCCCCAGAGGUGUGACUUUCAAUCACGAGGGCCACUUGGUAGUGACAGACUUCAACAACCAUCGCCUUCUGGUCAUCCAUCCAGAUUGCCAGUCAGCACGCUUUCUGGGCUCGGAGGGCACCGGGAAUGGCCAGUUCCUGCGCCCGCAGGGAGUGGCGGUGGAUCAAGAAGGGCGCAUCAUCGUGGCCGACUCCAGAAACCACCGGGUGCAGAUAUUCGAGUCAAAUGGUAGCUUUUUAUGCAAGUUUGGCACUCAGGGAAGCGGCUUUGGUCAGAUGGACCGUCCUUCAGGUAUAGCUGUCACCCCUGAUGGCAUGAUUGUUGUGGUCGACUUUGGAAACAAUCGAAUUCUCGUCUUCUAAUCUGUGUUUGAAUUAGGAAGAAACUGUCUCAGGGAAAUUCUUCUAAGAGAAAAUGAAAAAAUACAACGUUAAUUCAAACCUACCUCAUCUUUAAUUUUUUUACAGAUGAAUGUACUUAUCUUUUCUGCAGGGAGUGAGCCUGUAAAAAUGAAUUCUAUCUACCUCAUCGUCCUCCUUUCCCUCCCCAGUUUCUCGCCCUCUCCCCAUCCCCACACACUCAUAGUUCAGAACAUUUUACCUCUUUUCCCCCCAAUGGGGUUUCAUGCACAAACAAGUGUUGCUGUGCACAUUAGGUGGUUUGUGUGGUGAGUUCUGUUAGACUAAGCCAAAAAAGGCGCUAUGUAAGUUUUUAAGUGGAGAAAAUGGUAGUAGGUGUUUGUAGAGAAUUUGUUUUUCUUGACCAUACUGCAGU